ACGUCAUUUGAGCUGCGACACAAAACCCCCACGCAUCAGUAACAAGCGACUUUUCUGGAUUUUGCUGCUGCUGCUGGCUGCGAGAAGUAAACAACAAUGCUAAUGCUUUACUGACUAACCUAUGACGAUGUGACAGCCAGCCGUGUGUCGUCGGUGGUGGUGUUGUGGAGCAGUGCAUGACCCGGGAGGUGGAGUAGGAGGAGGUGGAGGUGGGCAGGUGGAGGUGGAGGGUCUGAGAGUCUGAGUCGGUCUCUCGGUCCUCGGGAUGGAGACCUGGACCCCCAAUCCCCGAGCCAAGCCUUUCAUCCCCCGCCAACAGAGAAGCUUGUACCUCACCUGGAAGUACAAGCUGACCAACAAGAGGAGCCUUCGGCGGCUCUGUCAGGCUGGCGCUGUGCUGUUUCUGCUGAUAACGGUCAUCGUCAACAUUAAACUCAUCUUGGACACAAGAAGAGUGGCUAACGAAGAUGCAGCCGUACAAGCGUAUGAGGACACAAUCCCCAACAUGGAGACGCCACGCAGGCCGGCUAAUGGACGCAAGGUCCUGGACAUCGAGGUGUACUCCAGCCGCUCCAAGGUCUACAUGGCCGUGGACGGCACCACGGUGUUGGAGGAUGACAUGCAGGAGCAGGGCAGAGGCAUCCAUGUGAUAGUUCUCAACCAGGCAACCGGUCAUGUGAUGGCCAAAAGGAUAUUUGACACCUACUCUCCUCACGAGGAUGAAGCCAUGAUCCUCUUCCUCAACAUGGUGACCUGGGGCCGAGUCCUCAUCUUCACCAUAAAGGAUGAGGGCACGUUCCACCUGAAGGACGCUGCUAAGAACCUGCUCAAGAGUCUGGGCAGCCAGGUGUCCCUCAACCUCAGCUGGAGGGACAUGUGGACUCUGGUGGUGAAGAAAGGAGGUCAGAUGUAUGGAGAGAAGCACUCAAAGUCUCCAGCUCUGUCCACCUGGGGAGACCCGGUGCUGCUGAAGACCGAGGUGCAGCUCACCGCCUCCGAAGAGGCGGAGUGCCACUGGGCAGACACCGAGCUGAACAGGAGGAGGAAGCUCUUCUGCAGCAAAGUGGAAGGAUACGGGAGCAUCUGCAGCUGCAAAGACCCGGCGCCCAUCGAGUUCAACCCCGACCCUCUGCACAACAAUAACGUCUUCAGUGUCCCAGUGGCCGUCAUAGCAGGAAACAGACCCAACUACCUCUACAGGAUGCUGAGGUCGCUUCUUUCAGCUCAUGGCGUCAACCCGCAGGUGAUCACCGUCUUCAUCGAUGGAUAUUACGAGGAGCCGAUGGAUGUGGUCGAGCUGUUUGGACUGAAGGGAGUUCAACACACACCCAUCAGCAUCAAGAAUGCCAGAGUGUCCCAGCACUACAAGGCGAGUCUGACUGCAACCUUCAACCUUCAUCCAGAGGCCAACUAUGCCAUCGUCCUAGAAGAAGACCUGGAUAUCUCCAUCGACUUCUUCAGUUUCCUGAGUCAGACCGUCCACCUGUUGGAUGAGGACGACAGCCUGUACUGUAUCUCAGCCUGGAAUGACCAGGGCUAUGAGCACACAGCGGAGGACCCGGCCCUGCUGUACAGAGUGGAGAGCAUGCCUGGCCUGGGAUGGGUGCUGAAGAAGAGCCUCUACAAGGACGAACUUGAGCCCAAGUGGCCAACACCUGAAAAGCUGUGGGACUGGGACAUGUGGAUGCGAAUGCCGGAGCAGAGGAAAGGCCGAGAGUGCAUCAUCCCCGACGUGUCCCGCUCGUACCACUUCGGCAUCAUCGGCCUAAAUAUGAACGGAUAUUUCCAUGAGGUAUACUUCAAGAAACACAAGUUCAACACUGUUCCCAAUGUGCAGCUGAGGAACGUUGACGGCUUAAAGAGAGAUGCUUAUGAAGUGGAGAUCCAAAGCCUGCUGAAGGAAGCGGAGGUGCUGGACCACACUAAGAACCCGUGUGAGGACUCGUUCCUGCCAGACUCGGAGGGGAAGACCUACGUCAUGUUCAUAAAGAUGGAGACCGAGAUGGAUACAUCCACCUGGACAGAGCUCGCUAAGUGCCUCCAUGUUUGGGACCUGGAUGUUCGGGGAUACCACAGAGGAAUGUGGCGGCUCUUCAGGAAGAGGAAUCAUGUCCUAGUGGUCGCCGUGCCAAUCUCCCCUUACUCGUAA